UAUCGAACAAAUUUUUCAGUACGUUUUUAUUUGAAUAAAAAAAUUCAAAAUGUCUCUUGGAGAAACUUUGGAUGCUUCCAUGGAUUCCAUGGAAGAAACUAGGUUCAAAAAGAAACAAUCACCUUUAAUUAAAGAACUGCUCGCUAAGAAGAAAAUCCAUUUUUCCCAGACUGAAAUAGAGUGUCUCUUGAUAAUAUAUUACAAGUUACAAAAAGAUGGUCCAGAAAAACAACGAGCAGUGAACAAAAAUCAAUUCAGGGACAUUCUUCAUAAUGCAUUUGACAUGACCGAUGGAGCUAUGAUGGAUCGUAUAUUUUCUGCUUUAGAUCGAGGUCCGAGUAUUUAUGUCUCGAUGGAAACCUGGAUAUCAGCUUUAUCAUUAUUCUUGAGGGGGACAUUGGAAGAAAAAAUAAGAUAUGCUUUCAGUGUUUAUGACUCAAUGAACGAUGGUCAUUUAGGACGAGACACAAUGUUCAACUUACUGAAAUCAUCACUGAUCAGUCAAAGCGGUGAGGAUGAUGCAGAAGAAGCUGCUAAGGAUCUAAUUGAAGUAAUAACGAAGAAAAUGGAUAUUGACCGUGAUGGUAAAAUAUCAUUUCAAGAUUUCAGAGAGACUGUUUUGAAACAACCAAUGAUCUUGCAAGCUUUUGGUCAAUGCCUCCCAACAAGAUUGGCAGCAUUUUCUUUCGUCACUACAUUCACUCCAAACAGAGGAAAAGUAUAAUAUUAUACAUACCUUUUCCUCAUACAAUCUCUUCGCGAUCGCAUCCACCAUUUCCUCUCGAGCCUGCUCUUUACGUUGCUUCUCAAGUGCUCUGUUAGAAAUAAAGUCAUUUAAUCAGGAUCAAAUACAUCAUUGUGAAUUUCUUUUAUAUUUUUCAUUCAAUGAGAUAAAAAUAAAACAUUAUUUUUAUUA